CGCGGGGGGGCGUGGCCAGAAGGCGGAAGUCGCCUCAGGAGCCCGGACAUGGCGGGCGUCAAAGCUCUCGUGGCCCUGUCCUUCAGCGGAGCCAUCGGGCUGACGUUCCUCAUGCUGGGCUGCGCCCUGGAAUACUACGGUGUGUACUGGCCUCUGUUUGUGUUGAUAUUUUACUUCAUCUGCCCCAUUCCCCACUUCAUUGCCAGAAGAGUGAGUGAUGAUAGUGAUGCUGCCAGCAGUGCCUGCAGGGAACUGGCCUAUUUCUUCACCACAGGAAUUGUUGUCUCAGCUUUUGGAUUUCCAAUAAUCCUUGCACGAGUUGAAGCAAUCAAAUGGGGAGCCUGUGGCCUGGUGCUGGCUGGCAAUGCAGUCAUUUUCCUUACUAUUUUAGGCUUUUUCCUUGUGUUUGGGAGAGGAGAUGACUUUAGCUGGGAGCAGUGGUAGGACUUCACCCUGGUGCUGGUAAUAUUUACUAUUUUACAGCCUUUCUCACCAUACUCUGUGUAUAUGUAUAGGUAUUAUAACAUGUGGUGCAUAAACAUGUAGCUUUAUCAGUCCAUAACAUGUUUUUUUAUGAUGCAUUUCAGCCAAAGGGACAGUGGUGACAGUUUGGCUUAAAGUAUUCAGUCAAAUCUGAAAUGGCUAUUGCAAAUUUGUCCUCUAAGUUUACAAAACAAGGAGUUUUCCCUGUUUUUUUCACUAUAAAUGCAUUAACUUUUGGGUUAAUUGGUAUUAACUGAUAUCACAUUGAUACAUGUGACACUGGUCCACAUUCCUGUUGGGUUUUGACCUUGUAAUCAAAGUAGAACAAUAUAAAGAUUAUCCUCAUUGAUAUUGCUUAACUUGGGCAAUCUUUCUGCUUUGAUUCGGGAUGAGUUAAUAUUUAAUUUCACCUGAAUUGUAAUUUUAUUGGUUUUUUUUCUUGAUAACAUUAAAUGAAGCAUAAGUUAUGCCAACUCUCUUACUACCUAAUGAAAGCAAAAGGAAAUAACCCUGGUUAAAAAUCCUUCUUUCCACUUAUGAUGUUUAUUUAAAAGAUAUUUUUCUCCCCACCAAGAUAUUCUGUGUCCCUACUCAACCUAACAGUUGGGAAUAUGUUUGGGGAAUAAUAUAUUUUAAUGCUCAGAACUGACAUUACUUGUCUUAUGAAGGUUCACAAUAGGAGAAACUGCUCUCAGGACACUUAAAAUCACAGUCUAGUGUUCAAUUCUUUAUUUUUAUGUGUGAAAUGCCUGAACUUCAAAGAACUGAGUGUUCUGGGUAGGGCUUCUUCUCAUUGCUUUUAAAACAGACUUAUUCAAUUACUAUUUUUUUGUCUGGGAAAAAGAAAGAUUAUUACACUAAAACACUAUAUUUUUAAGUAGCAUUAUGCUGGUAAAGAUGCACAUCAUCACACUUAGAAAAGUAAGUUUUGUUACUGCAGCUUUGUGAGAAUACAUUCUGAUACAACCCAGAGCAAAGGUUCAAAAUGGAUGGAUUUUCCAUGAACACUCAAAUACUGGGGACAGAAAUCAUUCUGUCGUCCAAGUAAUGGAAUAUGGCUCAAGUAGGAAUGGCAAAUCAGGUUCCAGGAAGGUUAAUUCCAUGUUUUAAAUUGAAAUAUCAGCUGUGUGUGAGGGGAACAGUUCAGUGCUCGGGAAUGCUGUGUUUUAUACUCAAGGGUGUCCAGACUGUUGUUCUGGUAAGAGAAGAAUUAACAUGAAAGCACAGUUUUUCCUGGAUAUUAAUGGUACAUCAAAGAUAUAGCAGGACAUACUUGUCAAAAUGUAUCUUAGUGUCUUCUUCCUGGCUCUGGAUGAAAUCUGCUGGACCUUACUCCCAUGGAAUUAUUUGGCCUAAUUAAAAGCCAAGUUCUUUGGAGUAAGCAUCAUUUCCAUGUCUAAGCCCUGCUUUGAUUUUUGAAGAAGUUAUCUUUUUUUUCCUAUACAAUGGCAUUUUUUACUCAGAUUAAUAAAUCAGCAACUCAAAUUAAUAAAUCAGCAACAAUAAUACCCAGUUUAAGUGCCUGAUCCUAUAAAUGCCUAAUGCCAUUGCUAACAAUUCUAUUUAACUCCUGAUGGAUUAGGGUUGGAUUUUGGAGUGGUUUUACUCCUUAGCAUUUACCUACCAAAGGCUGCAAAACUACUCAGUUAACUGAGUUCUGCUUUCAAAGUGUGCUGGUGGCACAGGGGGACACAGGCAGGAAACAGGGACAAUCUAAACUGAACAGGAGGAGGAGAAAGUGCAGCCCUGAAGGGAAAUUGCUUUUUGCCAAAUUAUCCUGCUGUGCUGUGUUCCCUUGGGCUGGCUGGGGUUGGUGGGGACCUCAUGAAACAGCAGGUGAAUGUUGGAUGGAGAAGGUCGAUGCUUUUUAUUUUUAUUCUUUUGAAACAAUUACAUGCACUAAUCCUUAAUGUGAACUUCAUGCAGUUUUCACAUGGACUUCUUACAUUUAACUCUUAAAAUUGUUUUGAUCAGUGUUUAGAUCAUGGAAGUCUUCCUUGGCCUCUAUAAAAAUAAAUUUGCUUGAAUCAAAGAGGGUAAAAAAAAAAUAUUUCAUUGCUUUGUUUUUUUUAACCAGAACUUCACUCACUCACCCAAACCUGGUGCUCUGCUGGUCUGUACUGGGCAUACUGUCACCAUCCUCCAGUAGCAAUUUACUGUGGUUUCUCUGAAAUUGUUUUCCUAUAUGGAAGUGAAUACUAUGUAUCCAAAGUGCCUUAAUUUCCAUACUAUGCCGAUUUUUUUGUGAAUGCAUAUACAUGGCUGUAUCACUGUGUUUCAUAAUCAGCUGAACAUCUGCGGCUGCAUUUUAGAAAGCUUCCUUGUCCUCUAAUGGUGUUUCCUGUAACUGGGAAUGCAGUGCAGCUUUUGGGACUUUUGUAAACACUGUUUUUAUCUUCUGUGAUUGCCACGUUCUUGAGAUCAUGAAGUAUUAAAACAUGGACAUUAAAAUACAUUCUACUUUUCUUUUUGAGUUGUCUAAUAAAACUGACCUUUUGAGUUGUCUAAUAAACGUAUCUGAUGCUUAAA